AUGGGCACAUUGAACCCUUGUAGAGCCGUCGGGGCUCUGUUAUUCGUCCUUGUGCGGGUAGCCCAUGCGUUGCCCUCGGUACCCAUUGCGACUGAUCCUAUUCUGAGUACUGCUACUGUUUCGACAGUUGUGCCUUCACUGGUCACCAUCUAUUCUGUUGUUACGGCCACGGAUGCAGGUGGUGCUGUACAGACACUCACCACCACCGUAAAUGGUCAAGAAACUAUUGUGGCAACAUCUGACAGCGUUGGCGGUGGGUUAGUGACCAACACGAUCAUCUCAACCGUCUCUUUGCCGACAGAUGUGGUCGUCGUCAGCACCGUUGACUAUUCAACAAUCUUGGGUCCGGACCCAGUGACCACAACUACCGAUCCUGCUACAGCUGCUCCCACAAUCGCCGAGGCCACGCCAGUGGCUGCUCCAGCUACCACCAUACAGACGCCCGUGGAGCCAUCCAGCACCUCCGUUGCAGCUAUUGUGGCCUCGACUACGAGCGCCGCGACCUCCGACCCUCAAAGCGCGUCAUCCACCCCAUCAACAACUUCAUCCGAAUCCACAAGUUCAUCACAGUCCAGGACCUUAUCUACUGCAUCAACUACGUCACCGGGGUCGAGCAUCUCGUCAUCGUCAUCAACAUCGACCUCCCAAGGGCUGUCCACAGGCGCCAAGGCUGGUAUCGGCGUUGGGGUGGCCAUAGCCGUCAUCAUUCUGGUUUUCGUCGCCUUUUUGCUCGGUCGACGUUACUCACAGCGUCGCAAUAGCAGCGCAAACAAAACUUAUGACAGUUCCAGGCCUCCUGACGCCGAAGAGAAGAACGUCUUUCAGGCGGGACUUCCCUACGAGCAUACGGGAUCGCGACGACACUAUGGUGGGGCUCCGGGGAAAGGCCAUUAUGUUUCGGACUUGACGAUAGAAGCGGAGUCAGAAUCCAGCGGAAGAUCCCACAAGGGAGUAGGCCUUCAUUCGGCCACCGGUCAGCCUGAUGCGACAGGUAUCUCGGCCCUCCCUCAGGUCGAAGAGAAUGACCAAAUGUAUAUCGGAGUACCCUCGCAUAUGUCCGGAUCGAAACGGUGGAGUAUGAAGGAAUAUGAGAAGUGA